GUAAUAGUACAGGGGCGACCGACAGCCUUGGCAGCGUCUUAACACUGUUUUGCCCUGUGCUUUAUCUUGCAAACACGCCUCGGAGGCAUCGCAGACGCAGCGCUGUCAAACUCCAAACUGUUGUUGGACAGCCCCGCGACGCUUCGCCUCCGACUUCGAGCUCUCCUUUCGGAGCCGCCCGAGAGUUGACGCGGCACGUCGUCAUUUGGUGCGUUUCACUGCUUGACAAUUUAGAUUCGCCAGGCUUUACCAGCGGCAAUUCAGUUUGCUGCCUGGUUUCUGUUGCCUCGACGAUCCAUUAUUCCUGCUCAAUCCCGCCUAACUUUGAAAUUGCCUGCUUCUAUGCAUUUGUAACAUUGGACUCCGAGGCUUCUCACAAGUCACUGACACAAAACACCUUGUCGACGGUCCUCAACACGCCAACUGUUGAACCUGGCUUUGCAAGUGCAAGGGCCGCCCGCACGCGACGGAAUUGCAACAAAAGAGCCUGACAACAUUCAUUUGAGAAACACAACCAUUCGGGUCCGGACUGAGCCGGCCGACGACAAGUAGUUCGUCGUUACGUCGCCUUUCUGGGCUUAGCAGGUCGUCCUUGCCUCGGACCGGUCGGCUUGGCAGAACCCACCUCUGGAGCGCCCUCGCUGCCCCGAGACACCUUACUUCUUCCAUUCCGCGCUGGCCGAGCUUAAUCUUGCAUGAUAAGGAGCACCCCGCAACCACCACCGCCACGCACUCGCCCGAGCCCGACCCGCACCACACCACCUUACCACCUACCACCCCAGGUCGUUGACGCGGUUGUGUCUGCCAUCCCUGCUCCCGGCCGAGGCACACAACUGCGCAAGCGCAGCAGCGCACAAGGUCUCUGCAGCAACGCGGCUGUGGUCUAGACAACGUACGAACCUCGCUGUCGCCGGUUCCGGCCACGCAUCCCACUGCGCCACGCACUAGAUCGGUAGCUAGUCUUCUCCACCGCGCCGGCCGCUCACCGCCAAACCCGUCCGCACCCGCUACCGGCGCACUGGGGACCCCCAUAAGGAUGACAACGACCCCACAGCAGCCACAGCAGCAGCCACAGCAACAGCAGCAGCAGCACAGGCAGCGGCGGCACAGCGCCGCCGCCGCGGAGCAGCCGCCCACGCCGCCGCGUGCCACCGCCGCCACCAGUACCUGCUGCCCGCCGCCGCUAGCGGCAGAGGCGCCGGCUCCGGCGACGGCGGUGGUGGCGGCGGCCAGUCGUGCGGCUGCAGCAGCGGCGGCCGGUGCUACAGCCGCCGCUGCGAACGCGGUGGCGGCUGCUACAGCCAGCAUGGCGGCGUCAGCGGCCCUGGAGCGGCAGUUCAAGGUCGCCGUGCCUGACGGUCACGGAGUCGCUGCCCCCGCCGCCCCUGCCGCCCCUCAGCAGCCGCCUACGCCUGCCGCCGCCGCCAACAUCGCGCCUUCUCCGAGAGUCGUGUCCUCCAACGCUGCCAAGCCCGCCGCUGCCGCCCCUGCUGCCGCCAGCGCCGCCGGCGCUUCAGGCGGCCCCGCCGCCGCGGCGCCCACUGCAGCUGCGGCCGCAGCAGCCGUGGCAGCCGCAGCAGCUGCGGCGGCAGCUGCAGCCGUCACGGCCGGGUCAAACGGCAGCAGCGCACCGACGGCUGUAGCGUCAUCACCUGUGCCAGCAGCGGCAGCCGGCGGCAGUAGCAGUAGCAGCCGCCAGCAGCAGCCGCGGCAGCAGCGCUGUGAGGAGCCUCGGCGCGAGCGGCCCCAGGCAGUGCCGCCCCUUGCCCGGGCCUCUGCUGGCGGCUGCGCCGCCGCCGCCGCCGCCACCACCGCCGCCGCGAGAUCCACACCCGCCGUUUUCACGAGCCCUCCCGCGCCCCUCCGCCUGUCGCCGCGGGGGCCGCCGCCGCCGCCGCCACUCCCACAGUUGCCCCUGCCAUCGCCGCCGGCGCAGCUGCCCCCAAUGCCUUCACCAACCAAGCCCAGGCAGAACGGCAGUACCGGCAGCGGCAGUGGCAGCGGCGGCGGCAGGAGGCGCGGUGGCGGCUCUCCUGCUGCUACUGCCGCCACCACCGCUGCCGCGGCGGCGGCUGAGGCGGCGGCGGCGGCGCUGCAGGUCGCGGCGACGUCGCCUGCGGUGCGCGCGGCGGGGGUCGCACACCGCCGCGCGCAGCUGCUCCGGACUUCCUGUGUUAUCGUUGGCAGUGGCAGUAGCAGUGGUGGUGGUGGUGGUGGCGGCUCACAGCAGCAGCUGCUACUGCUGGGGCGCAUGAGCCACAGCCGCGAGAGCAGCGGCGGCGGUGCUCCCCCUACCAUUGCUGCUGCUACUGCCCUUCCCGCUGCUGCUGCUCCCGCUGCUGCUGGUGCUACUGCCGCGGCCAGCAGCGCUGUGGCACAUGGCGGCGUUGUGAGCUCGCCAGGGGGCGGCCGGGAGGCGGCUGGGCUGUGGGACUGGGCAGUAGCGGCACCCAGUCCGCAACGGCAGCAGCAGCCGCAGCCGCUGCCGGGCCCGGCAGCAGCGGCGGAGGUGGCGGUGGCGGGCGCCGGCGCCGGCGGCAGGGACUCGGCCUCUGUCAGCACGCCGAGCACGGAGAGUGACGAGGGGGCGGCACAGUGGCGCGCAGGUAGCGGCGGCGGGCGAGGCGGGUCGGUGGGUCGGCGGCGGCCAUCAGAACAGCAGCGCCCCAGUCGUGAUGAGCAGCAGCAGCAGCAGCAGCAGCAGCCGCCGCAGCAGCAGCAGCAGCCGCGGCCAGAGCCUGAGGAGGAGGAGAAGGCUGCAGCGGUUCGCCCGCCGCAGCCUGCCGCUGCCAUCCCACCCACUACCUCACGCCGUGAGCAGCAGCAGCAGCAGCAGCAGCAGCAGCAGCAGCAGCAGCCGUCAACACCGCUGCCGGCGCUACCGCAGCAGCCUCAGCUGCCUUGGUCAGCGGCCCUGCCCCCGCACCCGUGCUGGAUGCCGUCGGCGGCGGCGGCGGCCGCCGUGCCUGCCGGCGGCAGCGAUGGCGAGUGCGGCGGCGCCAGCGGCGGUAGCGACGGGGCUGUAGCAGAGCUGCUGGCGGGAUGGCACCUGGAGGAAGCCACCUCAACGCCCUCACGGCCGCCGCGCCCGCUGCUGACGGUGCUACUGCCGUCGUCAUGCGGCUCGCCAGGUGACGCCGCCGCCGCCGCGGCGGCGGCAGUAGCCGCGGCGUCAGCUGGCGCCGCCGACACCAAAGCCACUAAGGCUGCUACAGCCUCUGCUACUGCUCCUGCCGCCCCGGCGCCGCCGCAGCCGCUGCCGCUGCCGCCGUCGCCGCCGCAGCUGACGCCGGUGCGCCGCCGCUGGUCGGCUCCCGGCGGGGAGCAGGAGGGCGAGGCCCAGCCGCAGCCGCAGCGCAAGGCGGCGGGCUGCGCAGGAGCAGGAGGAGGCGACGGAGCCAGUGCUACAGCCUCGGCAGCGACGGCGCCUGCCGCCGCGUCUGCUGUCGCGCCUGCUGUCGCGCCUGCUACUGCCGCCGCCGGCGCCCCCCGCCGGCAGCUGCUACAGCAGUGCCCUGCGAGGCCCGCCGCUGCUGGUCCGUGCCCUGCAGCACCUGCGGCCCCCCGCUCUGACGCCGCCGCCGCCACCGCCGCCGCCACCGCCGCCGCCGCUGCUACAGCCCUGCCAGCGGCCACUGCCGCUGCCGCUGCUGCUACAGCCGGCAGCCUCGCCCGGGGGCCGCGCAACCGCAGCAGCCGCUACAAGGGCGUGUCUCUGUACCGGCGCACGGGGCGCUACGAGGCGCACAUCUGGCACGAGGGCCGGCAGCUGCACAUCGGCACCUACGGCACCGACCUGGAGGCGGCGCUGGCGUACGACCGCGUGUCGCGCUACCUCCGUGGCGCCGCCGCAGUCGUCAACUUCCCCUCGGAGGCCGCCGCCGCCGCCGCCAUCACCGCCGCCGCCGCCAGCGAGUCUGCUGCCGCUUCCCGCGACACAGCUGCCACCGCCGCCUCGCCACAGGCAGCCGUGACGGUGCGGCGGGACUCCGCAGCCGCACACCCACCGUCACCAUCACCAGGGCACACAGCCGAAGGCCCCGCAGCGGCCGACGAGGCCGGCGGCGGCGGCGGCAGCGGCGGAGCUUCUGCUGGCGGCGGCGGCGGCCGCGGCGCGGGCGGCGGCAAGCCCUGGCCCGCCACCCUGCUGGACUCCAUCCCAGCGGUGGCGUCAUCGGCGGCGGCGGCGGCGGCUGGCGGUGGCAUGCCGGCGCCAGCUGCUGCUGCUGCAGUUGAUGAAGACGCGCUGUUAGCGGCGCCUUGCGGCGGCGGCGGCGGCGGCGGUCGCUGUGUGCGGCGGCGCAUAUCCGCACUGGAGCCGCGCUCAACCGUGUCGCCUGGCGUGCUACAGCCGCCGCCGCCGCCGGCAGUACCGGCGGCGGCGGCGGCGCCAGUUUCGCGCCAGCACACCGCCGCCGCCGCCACGACCCAUAUGAUGCAGCAGCAGCAGACCGUGGCGGCGGCGAUGGUGGUGGCGGCGUCCGCUGCUGCGGCCGCCGCCGUGGCGGGUGCGGCUCAUCAGGCGGCGGCGGCGGCCAACGGCGGCGCCGCCGCCGCCGCCGCCGCGCGCAGGCGCCGUGACAGUGGCGGCGGCGCCGCCGACAUCGUCACCGACGGCGCUGCCGCCACUAGCAGCGCCCAUGCACGUGCUGCUGCUGCUGCCUGCGGGGCGUCGGCGGCCGCCAGGCCGGGGCCCCAGGCCGUCAGCGGCGGCGGCGGCGACGGCGAUGAUGGACACAAUGCCGCCGCCACCGCUGCCGCUGCGGCCACCGGACAAGGCGUCAUCAGUCAGGUAACCGGCGGCUCCGCGCCGCCGCUGCAGCCGUGGCGGCCGGCGGCGACGGAGGUGCUUGAUUGCAAUGGUUGCGACGGCGGAGGAGGCGACGGCGACGUUGACAGCAGCAGUGCCCGCGCCUCCUGUUGGGUGGCCCGGGGCCUGCCCGGCAUUGACGUGGCGUGGCGCCACAGUGCCAGUGCCGGUGCCGGUGCUGGUGGUGACCACGAUGACUGCUGCGCGCCCACAGAUGCGGUCAUGCUGCCUGCUGCUGUGUCGGCGGCGCCACAUGCCUUCCUCCCGUCCACCCCGCAGCAGCACCCGCAGCACCCGCAGCGCCCGCAGCACGUGGCGGCGGCGGCGGCGCCACUGCUGCCGCCGCUGGCGGCUGUCGCGGCGGCGGCGGCGGCUCCCGCUCGCUCCUUCCUGCGCCACAGCUGCCCUCCCGACCACCCCGCCGCCGCCGCCGCCGCCGCCGCACCCAGCCAUCAGGACAUCCAACAGCCCCAUCACCACCACCAUCACCAGCCCCUCACCCGCAGCGGCAGCCCGCCGCCGCCGGACCCCAGCAGCGGGGGCAACAGCCGGCGGGAGGUGGCGGCGGCGCUGGCGGCCCUGCUGGCGGCGGGCGUGCCCCCGGACUUCCUGGCACAAGUCAUUAGCCGCCGCCAGCCGCAGGCGGCGCAGCACGAGCUGCAGCGGGCGCACACCCAGCAGUUGGCGGCCGUGGAUUGCCACCACAUGCACCUGCUGCUGCAGCCGUGCCCGUCAUCAUCACACCCGCCGCCGCCGCCCGCCACCGCCGCCGCCGCCGCCACCACCACACCAUCUCCCACCACUACACGUCCCACCGCCGCCACCGGCAAGGACGCCGCGAUCGCUGCCAUCCUCAAGAGCCUCAUGGGGCCACAGCAGCGGCCGACACCGCCGCCGCCGCCGCCGCCGCCGCCCCCACCGCACGCGAUGCCCUACCCGCCGGCGCCUGCCGUCAAGGGGCCGCCGCCGCCGGGGCCGCCGCCGCCCUCACCCGCCCUGCCGCCGCUGCAAUCCAACAGCGGCUGGUGCCCCUCAUCACGCAACAGCAGCUCGCAUCCUGCUGCCACUGCUACUGCCAUGGCUUCUGCCACUGCCACUGCUAUUGCUACUGGUGCUGGUUCUGGCAGCGCCGACGGCGCAUCACUUGACAGGUCAGCCGUGUCGUCAGCGGCGGCGGCGGCGGCGGCGGCAACGGCAACAGGCGGCAGCGUGGGCACCUGUGGAGCUGGCGGCGGUGGCCGCGGCGGCGGCGAGGAGGAGGAGGGCAGCGGGCUGCGGCGGCACGUGAUGACUUGGGUGGGUGGGCAGCUGCCCGGACUUCGGGGCGGCCUGCUCGGGGGCGCGCUGCUGGCGGCAGCGGCGCCGCCGCCGCCGCCCACACCCGCUGUGGCUGCCGCACCUGCUACUGCCAUGGCCGAAGAGCCGGCUGUAGCGAGCGGCGUCAGCCCCGACAGCAUCCGUAGCCUGCUGCUGCUACAGCGCCGCCUGCAACAGCAGCAGCAGCAGGUGGCGGCGCCGCCUGCGGAGCAGCAGCAGGCGGGCCGCCCCCCUUGCGCCCCCGCCGCCGCCGCCGCCGCCGCCGCCGCCGCCGAUGCUGAUGCGGACAUGGUAGACGCCGUGUCCAGCCCGCGGGUGGCGGAGGCGGCGGAGGCCCAGCCGGCGGUGGCGGCGGCGGUGGUCUGCCGCCGCCGUCACACCACGACCGAGCUGUCGUACACGCCAGCCGGGGGCUUCGCCGCCGGCGCCGCCGCCGCUGCGUCAGGAUCCUCAUACGCACGCGAGCCGCCGCGGCAACGGCCACGCCUGACCAGCCAUUAUGAGGAGGAGCAGCCGCAGCAGGGGCAGCAGCGACAGCAGGGGCAGGAGCAGCAGCAGCAGCCGCCCUUGCUGCCGCUGCUGCUGCUGCCCACGCGCCGCCACACGGCACCGGUAUGGGCGCAUGGCGGCGGCGGCCAUGAAAACGGCGGCCGUGAAAAUGCCGGCGGCGUGAGUGGCGGCGGCGGCGGCGGCCGCGAGUUCGGCUUCUGUGCUGUGGACGAGGCGGAUGAGGAACUCCUGUGCGGCGGCGGCGGCGGCGGCGGCGGAGAUGGCGGCUCGCCGUUGGCGCUGCAUUGGCGGCAACUGCAAGCAAUGCAGCUGCAGGCGCAGCAGGCGCAGCAGGCGCAGCAGGCGCAGGUGUCUUGGUCGCUAGGGCCGCAGCGGGUUCUGGAGCUGGCGCGUGGCGGCGGCGGCGGCGGCGGCGGCGGUGGUGGCUUACUGAUGCCGUUGUCUCCCUCGCACCAGCAGGCGCAGGCGCAGGAGCAGGCGCAGGGGUGGCUGCUUGGCCAGCUGCUGCAACAGCAGGGGCAGCAGCCGCAAGAGGGCACCCCCUGCAGCCCCACAGCGGUGGGCGGGGCGGCGGCGGCGGCGGCGGGCGGCAAGCGGCCCCGGGAGGACGCCUGCUACCGCAGCAGUGCGGACGGCGUGGAGGCACUGGGGCUGCGGCUGGGGCUGGGUGGUGUGGGGCUAGGUGCGGGCUAUGCGGGCGCUGCCGCCAGUGGUAUGGAUGGGAUGGAGAGCGGCGGUUGGGAGGAUGCGGGGCAGCAGGCGCCGCUGUCUGAUGAUGUUGAUGCGGCUUCGGGAGAAGCAGCAGCACCGCCAGCUAGCGCGGCGCCGGCGGCCCCAGAGGCCCCAGAGGCGGCGGCGGCGGACUGGGCGCCCGCGCCGGCGGCCCGGGGCCACCCCGACCGCAAGACACGGCUGCUGUAUGGCCACCAACACCACCAACACCACCACCUGCGCCCGCAGCUGUAGAGCUGUCCAGCGGCGCGCGUGCACGUGACAGCAGGCGGCGGCGGCGGUGGCAGCGGCGGCGCUGGAGCGUGAGGAGGAGCAGAGCGGCCGCGCAGCGCACGAUGAGUAGUGGAAAUGGAAGGAGGCCUGCCCAUUUAUAUCCGCGUGUGAGAGCCUGCGUCUUGUGCUAUGUCCUGGGGUUGUCCCAGCAUUCAGCGCGGCAGCUUAUAGAUAGCUGCGGCGAUUUUGUUUGUAUUGCUUACUUGGAUGGACUGAUACGAGAUUGCUGUCUGCUCCGAAGGGGUGAUGUGGUGGUGGCGGUGGUGAGACUACGGUAAUUUGUGCAGCACUGCAGUUGUAUUAUCGAAACUUCUCAUGUCCAGGACCUGCAAAUGGGUUUGCCAAGUUCAGAAAACAUGUGUGUGAGCGCUUCAGAGCCAAACAUUGGAAAUGACGCGCUGACACCGCGGCAGCGUCAGGCUGUGUUACAUAGGCCUCAGAUUCUUAGCAGCAGGCUACGUACUGUAGGUUGACUUGAAAGCUGUAUGUAGAUAGGGCACUUUGUUUGCGGCGCUGUCGGGUUGUUCGCUGUCCAGAAACAAAGCCAUGCUGCUAUUUUGUUUGCUGUGUGCGAGGAACGCACGUGUUUGGGUACUGCUUGUGUUGUCGUGCUGGCUGUGUAGUGUGUACAUUGCUGCGGUCCCGCCCUGAGCAUGGGUACGGUACUAGUACUGGUGCCGGCGGCUGAUGACGUACGGCGGGCUAAACACACCGCAAUGCCCUGUGGUGGGCUAGUUGGUGGCGUGGUGGUGGGUUGAAGGUGCCGUCCUGUAGGGUAGGGGGUACGUGUGCGCUGUCAUGACUCGGCGUGUGGUUGCAGAACGCUGCGCAGCGCCACUCGCUGCCUCCGGACGCACACACGCACACACACGCAGCACACGGCCAGCAGCAGCAGCGCACGCACAUGCACAGCACACGUAGCACAGCACGGCCCAGGCACAGGGUAUAUGAAACUAAUGCGGCAGGCAAGUGGCGUGGACGAGGGCACAAACUGAUGAGGGAACCUAAAUGUGUUUUGCGCAUACCUAUUAUGUUAUUAUGAGUUCUCCAUUGAGUAGAUUGGGGCCGUCCCCAGGUUUAUUGUUUAUGGCACUGGCAAGUUAUGGAGCUGGCGGCGGCAGCAGCAGGAGGUAGGGCGGCCGCGCGCUGGGCAAGGCGGGAAAGGAGCGUUGGCGGCGGCGCAGGACAGGACGAGUGCAGGAUAAAGGCAGGAUUAAGGCAGGAUUAAGGCAGGAUUAAGGCAGGAUGGCAGAGGUGGCGUGGAGGUGUGCAGGAGGUACCGAGGUAGGGCCGGUGCGUGCGCAAGAACGGCGGCACGGUCAGGGAGCCUGCGGCACGUCGGUUGCUGCUGGGGGCUGGGGGAGGAGGGCGGCAGGUGGAAUGGGUAUGGCUAGUGGACGAAUGCACACACACAGGCAAGGACACACACGGGCGCGGCAGCAUCAAUCACUUGUUUGAGUGCUAGUAACUAGCAGAGGGUGGGCUGAAAUAAAAGGGCGGCGGCACGUUGCUGCUAGGGGCUGAGGAGGAGGGAGGCCCUCCCCUGGAUGUGGUGUACUAACGCACACACUCCGGCAAGGACACACACGCCGGCUUGUUUUGGUGGUAGUAAGUAGCAGCAGGGGUGGGCUAAAAUUAGAACGGCGGCGCCCCCGAGAAUGGCAAUGACAAUGUAACGGUGGGCCUGU